AUGACCUUUGGCCUAACCAACACACCUGCUGCAUUCCAACACUUCAUGAACAAGCUAUUUAAAGACCUACUUGACGUCUGCAUUAUCAUUUACCUUGAUGACAUUUUAAUCUACUCUAAGGAUGACGCGUCUCAUACACAGCAUGUUCACAAAGUCCUACAGCGCUUAAUGGAAAACCAGUUGUUCUGCAAGGCUUCCAAAUGUACCUUCCACAUCACAUUGGUGGAAUACCUAGGAAUAAUUGUAUUGGAUAAAGGUUUCAGCUUGGAUAAACUCAAAAUCCAAGCUGUCCAGGAUUGGCCAACACCAACAAAGGUCAAAGAGGUUCAGUCAUUCUUAGGGUUUGCCAACUUCCUACACCAGUUUGUUGCCAACUUCAGUCACAUGGCCAGACCCUUACAUAACCUGGUAAAGAAGGACACACCUUGGAAUUGGGAUACCGUGGAACAAAAAGCAUUCCAAGGAUUAAAGGACGCCAUCACAAAUGCCCUGGUCCUCUGCCAUGCCAAUCCAUCAAAACCUUACUUCUUGGAAACAGAUGCAUCUGGCGCAGCCAUGGGUUCUAUACUCAGUCAACAACAGGAAGACAGCCAGUUACACCCUCUUGGUUUCCUAUCUGAGUUGUUCAAAGGGGCUGAGCAAAAUUACAACACACAUGACAAGGAGCUCCUAGCAAUCAUUUGCUCCUUUGAGUACUGGCGUAUUUUCCUGGAGGGAACCUUGCAUCCCAUUACCAUGUUCACCAAUCAUUGCAACCUGGAAUACUGGAGGGAAUCCCAAACAUUCAAUUGCUGUCACGCAAGAUGGCACCUGCUGCUGGCCAGAUAUAACUUCCAAAUUGUCUACCAACUGGGAAAACAAUCAGGAAAGCCAGAUGCACUAUCUUGCCACUCAGAUCACGCCAACAUCCCUCCUGCCAACCAGACAAUGCUCCCGGAUCCUGUAUUUGCCAAUGUAGCCCUGGUAACCCCAGAGAAAGAACUCCAGCAACAAAUUGAAGCUGCCUUAGACCAAGACAAAUCACUGGAGGAAAUACUACAAUUCCUCCAAAACAAGUCUAAGGCACCUCUGUCCAUCAAACGUGCCUUCAAGGAUUACCAAAUAGAAGCUGGACUCCUCUUCUAUCAAGGGAGAAUUGUGGUGCCUGAUGUGGGAAGCUUACAAACAGAGCUACUAAAGAUCUUUCACAAUAGCCCCUUGGCUGGUCACCCAGGUAGACAACAGACAUUGGAAUUAGUCUCAAGGAACUACUACUGGCCUGGAAUCCGUGUGGACACAUAUUGGCAUGUGGAUUCCUGUGAAAUGUGCCAACAUAUCUGCAAACCAAAGUAUGCCCCCAUUCCCCCGCAGCCCCUGGAACUACUGUCCAGACCCUGGCAACAUGUUUCCUAUGACAUGAUAGUAGACCUGCCCAAGGAUGGGAACCACAAUUCUAUUUUGGUGGUCAUUGACAGCUUCACUAAGUACGGCAUUUUCAUCAAAUGUUCAAAAAGGUUGAGAGCCCCCAAACUAGCAGAACUGUUCCUGGAAAACGUCUGGAAAUGCCAUGGCAUGCCCAAAAAAACAGUAUUGGAUAGAGGCAGAGUAUUCAACAACAAGUUCCUAAGGGCCCUAUACAAGCAACUAGGGAUAGACCCUCACUACUCCUUGGCUUACCACCCACAAAGCAAUGGACAAACAGAACAAGUGAACCCUUCCAUUGAACAUUCCCUCAGGGCUUACUCAGGCAUCAACCAACAGGACUGGGCAAAAUGGCUUCCCAUGGCUGAGUUUGCAUACAAUAACACCAUACAUAGCAGCACCGGAAAAACCCUGUUCAAAGCCUUAUAUGGAUGGGAACCCUCCUUGACACCAACCAAUGUACCAACAGAUGUUCCCAAGGCCAACAAACUAGCCCAAUCCAUGGAAACUCAGUGGAGGGAGGUGGAAGCAGCACUUUGGCAAUCUAAGACAAGGAUGACUGCUGGGGAGGAAGGAAGCCCAACAAUAUUUGAAAUAGGAGAAGAGGUAUGGCUUGACGCCAGGAACAUUAACCUCAAGACCCUGAGUCCCAAGCUGUCAGAACAAUGCUUAGGACCGUUCAAAGUCAUUGAAAAAAUCUCCAAACGUGCAUACAGGCUUGAACUUCCCCCAACCAUGCGUAUACACAAUGUCUUUUACGUAGGGCUCCUGUCAAAAGUCAAAAGGGAUAACAAAUGUGCCUUUGUAAGCCGCCCACCACCAAUCACCGUUGAUGGAGAAGAAGAGUAUGAGGUUGAAGGGAUAACAGACAUGGAGGAAAGAAAUGGAAAAUGGUUCUUCAGAGUCAAAUGGAAGGGCUAUGGACCGGAAGAGAAUAUGUGGGAACCCUGGGAAAACCUCAAAAAUGCGGGAAAGAUUUUGAAGAAGUAUGAGGAAGAGAUAAGAAAGAAGGCCCUUAGAGGGGGGGCAGUGUUGUAG